CCUGCUCUGGAUGGAUAGCGCCCCCGUGCGGAGGCACUGUGCAAUAUUCAGGAUUCACGGACGUGUUUCCUGUUUGAAGUGACGUCAUAGCUACCCGGAAGUUAUGUACAAACGCAUACUUCACGCCCCUUGUUAGGACGCAGUUAUCGUAGAAACUGACACGGGUCCUGCGUCAACACUUGAGUCAGAUUUCACAGCUCAGGUGGAAACAAACUGUCUCCAGGAUGAGGAGACGCCGGUUUCUGGAGGCCAGCCGUACCCUCACCGCCCUUCGGCGUCGCCUCUACGGCGGAGGAGUGGCUGAGGACGCGUUGGGGCGUGCGGCCUCUCCCCACCUCACCCAGCAGGCGUCUUUAUACGUGCACUGGCCCUACUGUCUCAAGAGAUGCUCCUACUGCAAUUUUAACAAGUACAUCCCCAAAGAGAAGAACGAUCACAUCAUGACUCAGUGCCUUCAGAGGGAAGCUGAGACGCUGCUGCAACUCAGUCAGGUGUCACGCAUCAGCUCUGUGUUUUUUGGCGGUGGGACUCCAAGUCUGGCACACCCCUCGACCAUCGCCGCCGUCCUCGACACUGUUUCAAAGCGGGCCAGUCUCCCAGAUGAAGCUGAGGUCACCCUGGAGGUCAACCCCACCCCGGCCGGAACGUCUAGGUUGGAGGACUACGUCCGAGCGGGGGUCAACCGCUUCUCCAUCGGGGUGCAGUCUUUGCAGGACAAAGACUUAAAAAGUCUGGGAAGGGACCACAGCUCUCGAGAGGCCUUGCAGACCAUUGCAGAGGCCAGGAGGCUGUGCCCUGGCAGGGUGUCCGUGGACGUCAUGUUCGGCCGGCCCGAGCAGACGGUCGAGGCUUGGGCGGACGAGCUGAGUGAGCUGCUGACGGCGUGCGACGACCACGUGUCCCUGUAUCAGCUGACCCUCGAGAGAGGCACGCAGCUAUUCAAACAGGUGCAGAGCAAACGCGCCGCCGUGCCCGGCGAGGACGCCACGGCGGACAUGUACCAGUGCGCCAGGAGGACGCUCCACCAGCACGGCUUUGAGCAGUACGAGGUGUCCAAUUUUGCAAGGCGUAAUUCAGUGAGUCAUCACAAUCUGGGCUACUGGAAAGGACAGCAAUACAUCGGUAUUGGCCCAGGUGCCCAUGGACGCUUUGUCCCUCUUGGGGAGGGAGGUGUUGUUCGCGAGGCUCGGACACAGACUCUGGAGCCUGACGUGUGGAUCCGUGAAGUCCAGCAGAGGGGCCAUGGGACACGGAGGCGGAUACUACUGAGCCAUCUUGAACUAUUGGAGGAGGUGUUGGUGAUGGGAAUGAGGAUGACAAAAGGCAUUAAUCACAAGCACUGGGAGUUUUUUAGCCCUCAAAUGUCCCUGGAUGAAGUCUUUGGUGGAUCUGUGGAGGUCAGACAGCUGCUGCAGAGUGGACAGCUCAUUCUUGAUGACAGGGGUCUGCGUUGUUCCUGGGACGGCCUGGCCUUACUGGACAGCAUCCUUCCAGUGCUGUUGUUUGAGUUGAAAAGGCAAAUCCCUCAAAGGAAACCUGGGGACCUCUCGGUGUAUUCUGAUGGAUAAAAUAAAAGAUUAUCCCCAGACCCUCAGUGGCAUUUGAUGGAAAUUAUAGCCUAAUAAAAUACAGCCUAAUUUAGAGUUUGGUUGUUGAUCUUGGUUGUUGAUUUAAAAAAA